AAGUCUCCCUCUCGGCACAUGAGCGCGAUAGCGGCCAGUUCCGAGCAGUGUUUUGUUCCAGCCGGUGCAGACAAAUCCCUGGGGUGAAGUCCAUUGCUCGUUCAGUGCCAGUUUUGCUGUGACUAAUAUGAUUCCGAUGUCCGUCGUGGUUUGCGUGCUGGGCGGUUGGAGUGCCGUCUAUUUAGCCGAUACGGUUUUAAAGUCAUCUUCCUCUCUGAAGGCAGCUUAUGAGGACUGGCUUACAUCUCAUGGCCUGACUGUUUCUCCAUUCCACAUGCGGUGGCAGACAUCUCUUUUCAACCGCCAGUUCUACAAUUGGGGAAGAUGGAAACCCAGAUUCCUUUAUCUAUGGUUUAGCAUGGGAAUGAUUUUCGGCAUAGCUGCUAUGUUUGGUUCUGUUGUUCUCCUUGGAAAGACACUGAUGCAGACCCUCUCGCAGAUGCUAACUGAGGCUCCCACAGGUCAGAAUGAUCAGAUGCUACAGGUCGUGGUGCCUGGUGUCAAUCUUCCCGUCAGCCAGCUGUCCUAUUUCUUCAUCUCGAUCCUCAUCAGUGGUGUCAUACAUGAAGUCGGCCAUGGGGUGGCAGCUAUUCGAGAGCAGGUUCGGUUCAACGGCUUUGGAAUUUUUAUAUUUAUUGUUUAUCCAGGAGCAUUUGUUGAUCUGUUCACCACCCACUUGCAACUCAUUUCUCCAGUCCAGCAGCUAAGAAUAUUUUGCGCAGGAGUCUGGCAUAACUUUGUGCUUGGAAUUGCCAGCCUUGUGGUUCUCUUCUUAUUGCCAGCUGUUCUUUUUCCAUUUUAUUACACUGGUGCAGGGGCACUUGUCACUGAAGUAACAGAGGACUCUCCUGCCAAUGGGCCCCGAGGCCUUUUUGUUGGUGAUCUUGUCACCAAUCUGGAGGACUGUUCAGUUCAUAGUGUGGAGGAUUGGAAUUCCUGCUUGGGAAAGAUUUCUCGAAUGCCACAAACAGGCUAUUGCAUAAAGGCAUCAGUACUACAACAAUUAAGCUACCCAUCUAGAGGUUUUAAAAGACUUGAUGGCACUAUUGAGUGCUGUAGCAACAACAGCCUUACAGAUAUCUGCUUUUCAUACAGCAAUAAUUUGAACAGCCACCUGUAUGCUUGUCUGCCAGCACGGAAAGCUGUUGAGGCCAGUCAGCUUUGCAGAACUAAUAUGGAUUGCCAAAAGGACUUUGUUCCAACUUUGUGUGUGACACCUUCUUUGGAAAACCAGACAAGGUUCAUUCGGGUGAAGCAUCCUCCUCAGGCUGAUAUGCUAUUUGUUGGUCACCUGUUGCAUCUCCAGUACACAGUGAGCGUGAGCAGUUUUAUACCUCGACUCAACUUUCUCAGUAUGGACCUGCCUGUGGUCAUGGAAACAUUUUGCAAAUAUCUGAUUUCACUCUCUGGAGCACUGGCUGUGAUUAAUGCAGUGCCUUGCUUUGCUCUGGAUGGUCAGUGGAUAUUGAACUCCUUCCUGGAAGCGACUCUUAGCACAAUUAUUGUUGAAAAGCAAAACAGAGAACUUGUCGGCUUCCUAAUAUUGCUUGCUGGCAGCGCACUGUUGGCUGCAAAUGUGGCACUCGGACUCUGGGUUGUGACAGCACGAUAGCAUAUGAAUUCCUUUUGGCACCUGCUGAUUUGUGUUGUAGUAUAUAGAAAACUGUGAAUGGUGUUGCCUUCUAAAUUUGUAUGUACAUGUAUAUGUAAUAGAAAGAGAAACCGCUUGAUGCUGAUUACACGGCAGAAAGGAUGACUAUCCUGUGAACUGUAAUUAAUCCAAGAUUCAUGAGCUGUGAACUGGAAUUUUAAAACUUUUUUAAAAAUUUAAAUCUUCCUUGAACAAGGAGGGUUAAAAGAUGUAGCUUACUUAAAUUUCCAAGCAGAAUCAUUGCUUAUCACUGGUGUCUUGUGUACUGGAUGGCGGUGGUGAUGAAUCUCAUAUACUUUCAAUGAGAUGAACAGAAUUGUCAUCUCACUUGCCAGUACAUACAUUUUCUUGUGUACAGUAUAUGUUUGGAUUCCAUAAAGCUGUUCAGAUUCUCACUUGGUAUUCUGAAACAUGGUAUCAUUUUAGUCAAAAACUUACCCACACAUUUUGAAGGGGGGGGGAAACUCAAUGAAAAUGACAUCUGAUUGUAACUGCACAUAUGUUCUUUUCAAGGUGGCCUACCUUUAGUUUUAUUAUCUGAUUUUCUGAAGGCCACAAGCAGUCCUGAAAGCCUCUCCCCUUGCCCCUGCAGCAAGAGGCUGCUUGUUCUUUGAGCCAAGGAGAAGCUUUAGUGAAGAGAAACACUUGGUAAGUUGGACAUGGCCCAUAUGGUAUAUUUACCUUACCUCUGAUGUUGGGGGGGGGGAACGCACCCUUUAAUGUCUUCAGUAUCCUUUGAGAGGUCUCUGGGAGACAUCCUCCCACCCAAAUCGGUACAUGUAAGAACUUUGUGGACGUCAGCUGUGCACACAGAGAAUGUUUCUUUCCCUACAGUUAUUCUUAUUACAUUCUUACUACUGAAAUAGUGUUUGAGAAAAACAGACAUGUGGUUCAUUCUUUGAUUGAAAAGAGUACUAUAUUUUGACUCUUCAUGCUGGAACUCAAUUAUGCAUCUUGCAUCAUUAGGAUUGUUAUUGUGAAUCCUAUUUUUUCAGAUUUUUCCCCUUUGUAUAUCUUUGUGCUUUUCAUAUUUUAUAUCAAUAUUUAGCAUAGUCCUUAUAAUUCCUGUGUUGAGAUUCUUUUCAGCUACAGACAUCUGACUUGCUGAACAAUCCCACCCAAACAUUGGCCAAAAUCCUGUGGUUAAUGUAGUAAAUUGGUCAAGAGUAGGCCCGUUAAAGAGGUCUGGGGAAUCAACUCUUCUAUAAGUUCCAUUGAUUCAAGUGGGUCUAACUGUGAUUUAUUGUGCUAAAGUAGAAUAAGUGGAAGUUAUGGAGGAAUUGAUUGACUAAAUCACCAUGGAUUAAUGGGUCUACUCUGGAGCAGCUAACUACACUAAGCAACAGGAUUUUGGCAAUUGUUUGUUAUAUCAUAAUGCUAAGAUGCUUUUUUAAUGUUCUCCUCGAUGUGGCGAUGGUUGAUCGGAUGACCUGCAUCUGCUGUUUGCCAAAACAUAUGGAAGCUGUUAGUGGGUAGAGGAAUGUAAGUUCUAGCACCUCACUCCCUGGCCUUGUGUUGAGCAGUAAGUUGUGCUUUCCAGGAACCCCAGCUGCAGCAACCAAUUUGUUUGCGUUCAACUAAAUGUUAGCAGAGCAUCCCUUCACACUUGCCUGUUCAGCACAGCUAAUGAGUACAAAUACCUAAUGAGCGAGGCCAGUGUGCACAGUUCUAUUCCUCUACUUACUUACAGAACUCUGAAAAGGCCUCACUUUGAUACGUUCAUGAGAAAAAUGCUGGGCUUCCAUUUUGUCCUUCAAAGAAGUCAGUGGUUCCCAACCUUGGGUCCCCAGAUGCUCUUGGACAACAAGUUCCAGAAAUCCUGGCGAGCACAGUUAGUGGCGAAGGCUUCUGGGAGUUUUAGUCCAAGAACAUCUGGGGACCGAAGGCUGGGAUUCCAAGAUUUUUGCAGUAGCCUUUCUUUCUCUUUCAGAAUUGUGAAAAAAAUUUCCAUUGCUUAUAUGGGAAGCAAUAGGUAGCCCUCUUGGUGAGAUAAUCUGGGCUGCAUCCAAAGUAUGACCACUCUCUUAUUGCUUAAAAAAAAAUAUGAAUUUGACACGAUAGGCACUCAGUAUUCUUAAAAUCUUGUUAUCUGAUUUUUACUUGCAAUGAAAAAUAUUUGUUUCAGGAAGAUGACGGUCAAACUUUUCUGUCUAGACAAACCAUUGUAUGAUAUGCUGUAUCGAUUUAAGACAUAAAGGGUAUGCUGAAGUCUCUAUGUUGAAAGCAGAGUAUUAUUUCUAAAAUUACUUAAGGUGUGCCCUUAUAAUUCAUGCUUCAUUGUAAAAAUUUGUAUCUGAUGGAAAUGCACUGUUUGAUAUUCAGACAGGCAGUACCUAAUUUAUGAUGAAAUCCUAAGCACAAUUGAGAGUAAACUCUACUGAAUUCAUUGGGUCUUUUUCCUAAGAAUACAUGCUUAGUCUUUCACUGCACAAUUGGUCAUAUAGAGUUAACAUUUUUAUUUCUAUGGAAUGACCUGCUUGUGAUUCAUGUAAAGAUAAAAUUGAAUGUUUUCCCUGUACUAGGUUACAAAAUAAACAUUAGUUGAAACUCC